AUAAGGAAACUUAGGUCAGUAUUGGUAAGUGAUAUUGAAGGAAUUCGGAAGAGGUGGGAAGCAAGAAAGGAAAAGUAAUAGUUGUGUAAAUCCUAAGAUUAGAUAACAGACGUUGUGAAGGUUCGUAAAUCUGGAAGUGAAAUGUGCUGAGUAACGAAGAUAAGGAAAGUAAUGUGGGAGGGUAAUGUACUUAGUUAUGUAUAUUACCACCACCACUACUACUACUACUACUACUACUACUACCAUUACUGGUGUGCGUGGGAGGGUGGAACUGUAACAUCGAUCUGCUUGAUUUAUUAUGAUGGUGAGUCACGCAAGUGUGUGUGUGUGUGUGUGUGCUAAUUUUGCAGUGACACGUGUACUGAUGUUAUAUCUCUUAUCAAGUACACACACACACACACACACACACACACACACACACACACACACACACACACACACACACACACACACACACACACACACACACGUGAUGCAACAUAAUUCACCCUCAUCACCAUAACAUCAUCAUACCAUCAUCACUCAUCACAAUUCUCCACAUACUUCCCACAUCAACACCACCACCAUCACCACCAUCACCACCACCACCAUCACCACCACCACCAUCACCACCACCACCUACCUAUAUAUUAAAAAAGGUGAUUGAUUUAUGCUAAUGAACUCACGUGAACAGGGUAAGAAAGUGAAAGUGUAAGAUCAGCUUCGGGCAGGUGAGUAUAAGGUGUGUCAUUUUUCCUCCUUCUUUUUCCUCCUGUUUUCUUCUUCGUCGAGUUAUCUCCGAGCCAGGCACUUAGUUAAGGUUUUUAAGGAGGAGGAGAACGGGGAGACGGAGGAGGAGGAGGAGGAGGAGGAAGGAGAAGAAGAAGAAGAAGAAGAAAAAAAAAAACAAGAAGAAAAACAAGAAGAAGAAGAAGAGGAAGAAGGAAGAGGAAGAGGAGGAGAAAGAAGCUGAUGAUGAUGAGGAGGAGGAUGAUGAAGAGAGAAAGAAGAGGAGGAGGCGUAAGAAGAGGAAAGAAAGGGGAGGAGAAAGAAAAAGAACAGAAGGAAGAAAGUGAAAAUUUUCCAUACAUCUUUUCCUCAUUACCUUCACUUCUUUUCACAUUAACUAUAAACUAAGGUAAACAAGGGGAGGAGGGAAGAGGGGAAAAGGGGGGUAGGGGAAGACAAGGUAAGGUAAGGGAAGGAAAGGAAGGCAAGCAAUAAUAACUCAUUGAAUGAUUUACCUUGAACAUGCCACAAACCUAUAUAUACUCUCUCUCUCUCUCUCUCUCUCUCUCUCUCCCAGGUGUUUCUCCGUUAAUUAAGACGCAGUUUACUCUUACCUGUAGACUCACACCUGCGUUUUUGAGCGAGCGAGAGAGAGAGAGAGAGAGAGAGAGAGAGAGAGAGAGAGAGAGAGAGAGAGAGAGAGAGAGAGAGAGAGAGACGGGGGUUGGGGGAGGUGCAUAGUGAGAUAAGUACACAUGCGCAGAUCGACAGCCAUGUGUGUGUGUGUGUGUGUGUGUGUGUGUGUGUGUGUGUGUGUGUGUGUGUGUGUGGACUUCCCUAACCGUGACUCAUGGGGUAGAGGAAUGUAUGGAGGGAAGAAAGAAAGGAAGAAGGAAAGGGGAAGAAAGUAAGCAAGAGAGAGACGCGAUAGAAAGGAGGGAAGGGAGGGAAGAGGAGGAAGAAGGGAAGGAAAGAGAGCGAGAGGACCAAGCAAAGAGGAGACGAGAAAGAAGGAAGGAAGAGAAGAAACGAAAGAAAAUGAAAAAUAGAGCAAGGGAGAGAGGAGUAAAGUAUAGAAGAAGAAGAGAGGAAGGGAAGGAAAGACAGAACAAGAGAGAGAAGAAUAAAGUAGAGAAGAAAAAGGAAGAGAAGAAAAGACAAGGAGGGCAAGAAGGAAGAACCAGAAAGAAAUGAAAGAAGGGGAGAAAGGAGGGAAGGAAAAACAGAACAAGAAAAGCAGGCAAGGGAGAGAAAGAGAGAAGGGAAUGAAGACAGAAAGAAAGGGGAGGAAAAGAGGAAGAGAAGAGGCGGAAAGAGAGAGGAAAAGAAAGAAAGGCAAGGGAGAAAAGAAUAAAGCAAGUAACUGAAGAAGGAUAAGAAAGUAAGGCAGAGAAAGAGAGAAAGGGGAUGAAGGCAGAUAGAAAGGGGAGGAAAAAAGGAAGAAAAGAGGCGGGGAUAGAGAGGAAAAGAAAGAAAGGAACAAGGGAAAUAAGAAUAAAGCAAGUAACUGAAGUAAGGAUAAAAAAAAUAAGGCAGGGCACACAGGCAGAAGCGUUAUAUCGGCAGCAAUAUUGUGGGCAUGGAUUUGUUUUGGCGGCGGGGCGCUUAUCCGUGGCGGGCCGGGGAUGGCGGAGGCUCAGGCGGGUGAUAAGAUGCCGUCCCGAGAUUACCUGCGCGGCGGCUACCUGGGAAUAUGAUAACAGGACCGCAACCUUUGACUCGCCUCACUGCUCCCCUCUGCAUUGUUACCGAACCCUAUCUUUCUUUCUCUCUUUUUCUUGCUUUUCUGAUUUUCUUGUUCCGACUUUCUUUUUCUCUCUGCGCUUUCUUUAUCCUUUCUUUCAUUCUCUCCUGCCUUUUCUCUUCUUUCUCUCUCGAUCUUUAUCUUUAUUGCUUAACUCAUUUCCUUUCCUUCUUUAUUUCUUUCUUUUCCUCCUUCUUUCUCAAUCUUUCUCUUUUUUUCUUAACAUUUUUUCCUUCCUUCAUUCAUUCUUUUUUAUCUUUCAUUUUUUCUCUUUCCUUCUUUCUUGCUAUCUCGCUUUCUUUUCUUUCUUUUUCAUAAUAAUUUUCUUUUAUCUGUUUUCUUCUCAUAUCGAUUCUCUCUCUCUCUCUCUCUUAAAUAUUUUCCUUUGUCUUCUUAUCCCAGAAAACCCCAUUACUCCUCCUCUCCCACCCUCCUCUCUUCCUCCUCUUCUUCCUCCUCCUCCUCUUCCCUCUCUCUUCCUCCUCCCUUCAGCUCAUUUUCUUCCCUCUCCCCUGCAGCUAAUCAUAUUCCUCCCCUUUAUCCCCUUCUCCUCCGUCUCCUUUCAUCUUCUCUAACUCUUCCUCCUUUCUCUCCCUUCCUUCCUCCACCUCCUUCCACUCACCACCUUCACCUUCUCCCUUCUCUCCACCUUCCUCCACCUUCACAGAUUCCUCUUUCUCCCUUCUUUCUUGUCUCCUCACAAACCCUCCCUCUCUUCCUUCUCUCCCUUCUCCCCUCCUCUCUCCUCCACCUUUCCCCUCACACACCUCCUCCUUACCCUCCUUCUCCUCCACCCCUCCCUCUCCACCCCUCUCAUGCACACCACCCUCCCCUCCCCCUCUUCCCCCUUUCUUCCUUCCCCACCUUCCUUCCACAUAUCUUUCCUCCUCCAACCCUCCCUCUCUUCCUCUCCCUUCCCUCCUCCAACCCUCCCUCUCUUCCUCUCCCUCCCUCCCUCCCCCAAAAUACGUCCUCAAUGCCCUCCUUCCUCCUCCUCCUCCAACUCCCCCUCUCCCCCUCUUCACCCAGCCUUAAUCUCACCCCUCUCAUGCUUACUACCCUCCCCUCCUCCCCCUCCCCCACUUUCAGAAUAGCGUGGUGCCCCCUGCGACACCCGUUUUCUUUGGCGCCUCCAUUGACUUCCUACACUGGCCGCGACGCAUUCCCAUUCAAUUUUCGGGCGCCGCUCCAGAUCUGCAGCGUGGCGUUCCAGGUGCAGAGGAAUGGCAGGCGGGCAGGCAGGCGGGUUGGCAGGCUUCGGCAGGCUUUUCACUUUCCUUUAUUUUAUUGUCCUGGGCCCCGUCUGCUUCCUUCACUUAGGCCUAUAUCUUUUUUCGCAUUUUUUAAAUUUAUUCUUCUUCCUUCACUUAGGCCUAUAUCUUUUUUCGCAUUUUUUUCAUUUAUUCUUCUUCAUUCACUUAGGCCUAUAUCUUUUUUCGCAUUUUUUUCAUUUAUUCUUCUUCAUUCACUUAGGCCUAUAUCUUUUUUCGCAUUUUUUUCAUUUAUUCUUCUUCAUUCACUUAGGCCUAUAU